AUGAGGUGUACUAUUGAGGCUUAUAUAACUUAUACUAAAGAAAAAGAGCUUAAAUUUAUUUUAUACUAUACUUAUUUCUUAAAUCCUAUAUUUAAAAACCUUAUUAACCUUUAA